CGGAGACUCGCGACGCUGCGACCGGAUCUGAUCAACUUUUCCCGGAGAGACGCGAGGAAGCCGCCGAGGAUCCCCGCUGCCGCCCCGGGUCCCUGAGCCGCCCGAGCCCGGAGCCCGGAGCCCGGAGCCCGGAGCCCGGAGCCCGGAGCCCGGAGCCCGGAGCCCGGAGGUUGGUUCUGUUUGUUCUGGAGGUGAGCAGCUCCCCCUGCAGGCCCAACACAGUUCUGCAGACACACACACACACACACACACACACACACACACACAUACACACACACACACACACACACACACACACACACACACACACACACACACACACACACACACACACUGCCACACAGCUGAAUGGCCACAGGAGUGAAGCACUGCAGCUCCCAUGAAGCCAGUUACCAGGUGAGAGAGUGUGUGUGGGGCCAACAGCAAGGGGCGAGCAGCGAGGACGAAGGAGGCGGAGUCACAUGGGAAACCCAGGCCAUGGAGGUCAAAGGUCAACUCAUCUCAGUGCCUGACCCGGUCAGCUGUCCGGACAGGAAGCAGCGGGUGGAGCGCAUGGCGGAGCUUCAGGAGAGGAGGCGGAGCCUGCAGGCGCUGCUCAGCACGCGAUUGGCCGAACUGAGACGCAUCUGCCUGCAGGAGGCGGAGCUGACGGGGGAGGUGCCUCAUGACUUCCCCCUGGAGGCGGGAGAGAAGCCCCCCUGUGUGAGGAGGAGAAGUGGGACGUCCCGCCCAGGAACCAGGAAGUGUAAAGCAGAGGAGGAGGAGUCUCAGCGUUCAAAGCCAAAGAAAACUUUAUUCAGCGGAGCUCUGAGGAAACACAGCGACUCUGAACACAACACACACACACACACACAGACACACACACACCAUGGCAAGAGGACCGUCCACAGAGGCUGUCACACAGACGACACAGUGAAGUCAGAGAGCAGCUCAACAUCAGACUCAACAGGACAUGACAACGAUGAUAGUGCUUCCUCUCACUGUCGCCCCCUCCUGGUCUCUGCCGUUUCUCCAGUGGAGGUUUAUUACCAAAUCAAAACCAGGAGGAACUCCCUGGCGAGCUCCAACAACAGUCCCAGUCGUUCCCUCCCUCGCAGCGUUUCCAACCUGGAAGGCCGGAGCGUUCCGGCCACGCCCCUUUUAUCUCGGAAUGGAGCGAUCACAGCACACAUCAGGAACGAGCAUCCGGAGAACCACAAGCUCCUCCCCCUGCCCGCCUCCCACCCCCCUCCCCACCCCCUGCAGCCCCCCCCUCCCCCGCCGCACUCCCACGACAGCUCCUCCUCCUCCGGGCCCAGCGAACCAGGAGGCGAGGGCGGGGUCAGGGGUCACGGCGACAGAGGGGGGGAGGGCGGGGUCAGGGGUCACAUGGCGCGACGAAGCAACAGCUCAGACGGCCUCCUGGACCGAACCGCCUCGUCAGAGGAGGAGGCGGGGCCGAGCCAGAGCCAGGGGGGCUUGUGGGUAAACGGGACGGCGUCCUCCAGGGGAACGAACACAGCCGGACUCUGCAAGGCCUCCGAGACCAGGAUGAUGAACGGACACGCUGAAGCUGGAGGACGAGGAGGAGGAGGAGGGGGGACAGGAAGAGGAGGAGGAGGCGGAGGAGCGGGAGGAAGGGGGCGGGGCUACAGCGAGGUCCUGCUGGACUACGUCUGGGGCAAACAGCAGAAGAUGCAGCUGCAGAGGCAACAGUCCCAGCUGAACCCCAGACAGCCAAUCACAUCGCAGCACCCCCUGCCCUACAACGGCUACCCCUCCCAUCCCUCCCAUCAGCCCCCGGGGCAGAGCGCCCCUCCCCUCCCCGGCGUCCCCCCCGCCUACCGAGGUCACCCCGGUGACCAGCGGCGGGUCAAAGUGACCCGAACCAAAUCCUGCGGCCCGUUCCUCCCCGUCCCACAGAGCCAGGCCGAGUCCUACCUCGAUACCCAUAAUGCCUCUCUCUCUGCUCACCCUCCCCCCGCCAUCCAGCCGGACCCCCACCCCCACCUGCUGCCCCCCCGCCCCCCCCAGCACCUCCCGGCCCAGGACGCUCACCUGGAGGAGGCGACCCGCAGCCUCCACAAGGCCCUGGCCCUGGAAGGUCUGAGGGACUGGUAUCUGCGCAACACGAUAGGCUCCACCCACCAAAACCAGGUCAGCGGGAAGGUCAAUGCAAAGGUCAACGAGGGAGUGAAAGGUCACGAUGGCGGGGUCGUCGGAGGAGGAGGAGGAGGGGGAGGGGGAGGGGGAGGGGCUCUGCAGCGCAGACGCACCACUCACGGCGUGACGCAGCAAUCGGCCUAUCAGACGGAGACGCAUCAUCAGUACGCACCGCCGCCGCUUCAUAAACAGACGGCACUGCCGCAUUCGGCCACUUUCCACGGACACCCGCUGCACGGCAGGUCUCUGGACGGGUCUCUCUACCAGGACUCCUUCCCCUCUCAGAAACAGGAAGCUGCUCUGAAGGAACCGCCCGCAGACCAGCCGUCUCCCGGGACGCUGGUCUGACCGGCCCACCGGGGGGCGGGACAGGCCGCCGGCCGGCUCCCCAGCACAACAGGUUAAUCUGCGUUACUCUCACCUGUCACAUUCCCGAUGAUCAGCCGUCUGCAGGAACAAGGAGGAGGUGGGAUCCUGCCAGGACGUUCUCCUCUGGACCUCCAGGAGGAGGAACCUCCUGCUGCCCGCUGGGACCUCCCAGCUCUCAGUGUUAGUGUGAGGUUUGGGGUCAGAGCCCCACAGCUUCUUCAGGUUGCAGUGGCGGCCCGGGAGGCUGUGCUCGAGGGCAUGCUGGCAGGACUGGAACCAGCAGCCCUGCAGCUCCUGGACAAUAUCCAGAACACAGGGACACAGGGACAUGUGGAACAUGUGGAACAUGUGGAACAUGUGGAACAUGAUAGAGAACUCUCCGAGUCUUCACAGAAAAGCACAUGACAUCAUCAGGCCCCGCCUCCUGCCCCUUUGAGCUCAGUGUAAUCUGAUUACUACAGAUAACUCUUUACCUGCUCAGUCACUUAAUUUAAUUUUAUUUAUAGACCUUCCAUGACUGGAACACACAGGCUCCCGGCAGCCACACACACACACACACACAGCCACACACACACACACACACACACACACACACACACACACACACACACACACACACACACUCACACACUCUGUUGGAGACUGCAGUCCCCUGUCUCACCACAGGAGGCAGGUGAGCAGCAGGUGUGCAGAGGUGCCUCCAGCCUCUCUGCUCGGACAAUCAGGGCUCCUGUGUUUUUGUACGAGUCACUUUGAUCUCAUGUCGACGACGUAGGAACCGACGUCUCUGCUGUUGCACUCCCUUCCAAUCAGACGGGACGGUUCGCUCCUCGGUGACAUCACCAGCGCGGUCAGACAACCAGCAGCUUUUUUAAAAACACGAGUAUUCGUUCAGCUUUUUGAUAAUCUGUAAACUGAUCAGGGGAAACAUCGAGCCAAAUGAUCACGGCGGCGAUUCUCAGGUGAAUGAAACCCAGAAAAUGUCUCAGCUCAGUGGUUUUCAAAGCGGGGUCCAGGGGCUCCCAGGGGACCUCGAGGGUCCUCCGGGGGUCCUCAGCAACGAGAGGAACAGUUUACGCCUUUCACAAAUAUUUUAACACAAAAAUCUGAUCUAGCGUCGCUGAUCUGACCUUUAAGAGAGAACCUCGCCUGGCUCACGCCUCCUCGGCCUCCAGGCCGCGUGCCGACGGCGAAGGAGGAGACGGGAUCGGUGUCGCGUCGCCGCGUUUCCCUUCCCGCUCGUUAGUUCACCAAGUCGAUGACUCAGCUGUGCUUUUUAAUGUUGCUAUGGUUACACAUAGGGUAGCGCAAGAACAGCGGUUAAACUUCAGAAUCAGAAAAGAGCAUUCCCCCAGACCGGUGGUGUAAUGGGAUUUAAUAAUUGGAAAUAUCAUUUUCUUGUCAUUUUUAAAGAUAUUUUGUCUGUAAUUUUCUGGUGAUUUUCUUGUAAAUUUUGUUUUUACUAAUUUCUCACUUUCUGUUCAUUUUGUUUCGAAUUGCAUCAGAUGAAUUUGCUGAGGAAAAAGGUGAUUAGCAAAUAAAUAAAUAGACAGAUCAUCUUUAUUGUCCACAGAUGUGAAAAUUUAAAUGCCUUCAGCUUCACAAGUUAAAACCCAUCACAGUAAAUCACAGUCCAUCCCAUAAUAACAUCCAGCCUGCAGGCACUGGGCUGAGUUUAGCAGAGUCACUGCAUUUGCAACGAAAGACUUUUUAUACAUUUAAAUUUUGUAAAUCUCUGGAGUAAAAAAUGCAAAAAGAAGAAAGUUACCUCGAAAAUUACUGGGAAAGUUUCUUUUUUAAAUGAUGACGAAAGUAUUUUUCUAAAUAUUGAAGCGAUGCGCUGAAAGGUCAGAUCAGAUUGUUGUGUUUAAUGUUUGUGAGGAAAAUCAGGGCAACAUGACUUCACCUUCCCAUUGAAAUCAGCAGGAAGCUGCUGCUGCUGUUCAGGUCCAGACGGUGAGAAGGUGCACGGUCAGGUGACCUCUGACCUCUGACCCUGCUGCGCUACUGAAGCCAUUCGUGUGCACUGACCAGGGAAGCACAGACAGGCGGAUCGCUCGAUCGAUCGAUCGAUCGGCUGCCGGGACGUCCUGUCGCUCACUUCCUGUCGCUAAACUUCACUGACUGUCAGCACGAGAGCAAUAAGAGGAACUGAGCCCACUUCCUGUCUGGGCGGCGGUUUGGACACGCCCUCGCACGCGCCCUGCCAACCAGACGCAGCGACAAUCAGACGGACAUGAUGUCACUGACUGAUUGAUUGUGAUUGACUGACUCUUGUAUUGAUGAACUGGAUUAAUGAUGUAAUGUUUUGUUGCCCUGCAGACUCCACAUGUUCUGAUCAAAUGCAAUUUUUUAAAUGGGAGCAGCGGAGUGUGUGUGUGUGUGUGUGUGUGUGUGUGUGUGUGUGUGUGUGUGUGUGUGUGUGUGUGUGCAGGCUGCAGGAGGGUUUUAUAGCAGUUUGUCGUCUGAAGGGAUUUUCUGCUUUUCUUCUUCUGUGUAAUUUGAACUGAACCAGCUGCCAGCCAAUCAGGUCGUUCCGCUUCAGCCAAUGAGCUUCCUCAGAGCUGCUUCAAAGUAAUCUGACUACUUUGUAAUUAAUUUGUGUUCCCAGCAUGCUUUUCUACCUGUGGCGUCACACCAAAGCAGGAAGUGAAGUCAGGAUUAGAUUAAAAACAUGUAAAUAGCAGCUUUAUUCCCAGGGAUUAACCUGCAGGAAGUGCAGAGCCUCACCUGGAGCCUCACCUGGAGCCUCACCUGGGGCCACACCUGGGGCCACACCUGGGGCCACACCUGGGGCCACCUCCUGCACAUGAACUCUAUUUAUGACUUUAUAGUGUAUUUGAGACUGUAUACCUUCAGAAUUUUCAAGUUUUUUUCUCAUAAAUUCACAACUUUAAUCUGGGAAGUUUUUUCUCCCUCCCCCGGAUUAACUUUUCCUCCAGCGCUGGCCCUGAGAGGCUGUUGCUGAGUGGAGGAGCCCUGCUGUGCUCAGAGGGUCAGUCCAGCUCCAUCAGGGUGAACCAACAACCUGAUGCUGAGCAGAUCCUCUUGUUUGUGUUUCUGCUUCUUCUUCUUCUCUUCUUCCUCCUUGUUUCCAGCUUCAGCCACUGAUCCACUUUCUGGAUUUGUUUGGUCUCAUCUGAACUUAUUAUUGUGUAGGCUGAUUAUUUUAGGAAUUAUGCAUGACUGAUAUUUUUUAAAUUAACAUUUUAAAAACAAUCUCUCGUACUCCCUGCAGUACCCCGGCGUACCACUGGGGGGGCGUGGACCCCCAUUUGAGAACCGCUGGCCUGGACGAGCCGCUCAGCAGCACAGAGCUCUCUGACUUCCUGUUUGUUUGAUUGACAGCUGGAAAGACCGACAGAAAAACGGCUGCUUGUGUGUUCAGACAUUUAUGUUCAUUGUGGGAGCGUGCACGAGCGUGCACGAGGCUCGUGCACGCUCGCCCACUUCACCCACUUCACCCAGUUCACCAGCUUUAUGAACAGAACCAGGUGUACAUACAGGUUUAUGCUAAUCUGAUCAGACGCAUGUGUCUGCAUGUGUCAUACAUCUGAUCAGGUGUGUGUGUCCACACAGGUGUGUGUCCACACAGGUGCGUGUCCACGCAGGUGUGUGUCCACGCAGGUGUGUGUGUCCACACAGGUGCGUGUCCAGAGGAGGAGUCUCAGAGCUCAGGUGGGGCCUGCUCCAAUAUGAAACCACAACAGCUUCCUUUCCUGCUGUGUGUGUGUGUGUGUGUGUGUGUGUGUGUGUGUGUGUGUGGUACUGCAGUACGAUGCAGUAUCACUCACCAUCAGUACCUGUACAGAGUAUUUUGUGUGUCCUUCUGUGGGUCCAGGACCAGCUGUUGUUCAACAUCUGCUCACCUGGGUGACAUCACUGCUGUCUCUGCCGUGCUGCAUUCAGGUGCACUCUGUUUUUUCUUUUCUUUUUGAAUUCUACUGUUUGAAACAAACUGCAAACUCUGUAAAAACUUUUCUAUCUUUUGGAUUCUUCUGUUGUUUGUAUUUCUUGGCGGCGGCGGCGGCGGCGGCGGCGGCGGCCUCGAGCGCUCAGCAGUCAGACUCUCCGUGUUUUUAACUCCAGAUGUUUCCUGUCCGUCUGAAUAAAACUUCAGCAGAACCGUGUCAUGUCGUCUGUUCCAGGGGUUUUCAACAUGAGGUCCGGGGACCCCCAGGGGUCUUUGAGGGUCUUCCAUGAAAUCUUUCACAGGCGUUUCCACACCACAAAUCUCAAAGUAAUUAUAUUAUAAAUAUAACUUUACUUGUAAUGGUAUUUUUGUUCAGUUGUUAAUUUUCUUCUUCUCUUCUUUUUGCUGUUUAUUUUAAUUUUCUUUGCUAUUCUUAUUGUUCCGGUAUUAAAAUUGUAUUUCUCUGCUGUUUGUGCAGUAAAAACCUGAGCGCCGUGUUCAGGCGGACUCACGUGACCAUGGCUGUAAAUAUUUUGCUGGCAUUUAAAAAAAUUCAUUUCACGAUUACACAAAUUUUACCUUUAUAUCAUUCAUCAUAAUGGAGGGAUUUGUUUAAUUCACAUCUUUGCAUUGAC